AUGACUGCUCACUGCUCAAAUCCCAUCUGCCAGGAGGGCACUCUGAUAUGUCAAGCAAAUGCACAAAGCAUAACCCAGCCUGGGGAAAAGGAGCUUGAAUUAAUUGUGAGUUCUCCUAGAUUUAAAGACCAACCCAGGGUCCUGUUUUCUGUGGUUGCUGGGCUUCUUGCCAUCUUCUUCGUCAUUGCUUUCCUCUUCGUUCUGUGGUUCUGGAAUAAACGGAAAAAACAACAGGUUUCUUACUUCCGGGUCACUGUAGUUCCCUUGGUGACGCUGUCUCAAUCCAGAGAACGAGGGAAAAACAUCUAUGGUUUUCUGCCCCAAAGCCAAGCAAGGCCCGGUCGGCGUCACUCAAGAAACAUUCGUAUUUUCAGUACGGAGAGUCUCAUUCCCAGAAAUUCUGACAAUCCUCACUCUGAGCAUGUGUUUUCGCCACCAGUGCAUGUUCUCCAGUCAUGCAGAACCAGUGCCCCUGCUAUUGGCUAUGAGGUUGGAAUCUAUGACAAUACUGCCAUCUCCCACAUCUGUGGGCCCCUUGUCCCUGAAGUAGACUAUAUCAAUAUUGGAGCAUCCAUAGAAAGCAUGAGCACCUCUUCUGAGGAUUCACAGGAUUAUGUCAACGUGCCCAAUGCCAAAGAGGCUUCUGGGAAUUCAGGUGCAAUGAAGUCCUUGCCUGGAAAUCUUCAGGACCCUCAAACAUCUGAGGAGAAUGUACCCAGGGCAGAAAGAGAUAGCUGCUCUAGGGAUGCUGAAGACUCCACCAGUAUUUGGGUUCUAGGACUUGAAGAUAGUGACUAUAAUGGGGAUGCGGAAUGCUCUUCUCAUUCUUCCAAUGACUAUGUAAAUAUCCCAGCAGAAAAUAAUGAGGAGGAUCAAGGCAGACCCCAGUGGAUGAACUUUCAAGAUUACAGGGCUUAUGAUAAUGUUCUGUGGAAACAGAAUAAUAGGAAAAAGCCACAUGCAGGAGAAAGAUUAACAACAAAUAUAGGAGGAAUACUACGUUGGACUCUCAGUCUUCCCUUUGAUGUCCAAUGUGAAGAGUCAAGAGAUAAUUCACUUGAUUUCUGGGAUUAUGAGAAUAUUGAGCCAUUAGCGCAGGAUGAAAACAGCCAAGAGACCUCUGGAGAAACGGACAGUGAGGCAUCUGAUGAUUAUAUAAAUGUGCCAGCUGUGGCUGAAGAGGAGAAGCUCAGCACUGAGCAUGGGACCGAAGCAAGGGCACUGACUGCAGAGCAGAAGCUCCCUAACCAAGAUGGAGAUUUAUGUAUGAUGCUUCGUACUUUACCUUCUGUCACCACAUAGCAGUGACUGAACUCACUGAAGAACUGAGAAUCUUUCAAUAGGAGCCAUCUGGUGAAAGGUAGAAAGAGGUGAUGAGUGGGGAACUGUGGAAGUAGAGGUAGUGGUGGUGGAUGGGCAAAAGCAAGAAAGGAACUAUUCUUGAGCCAUGGAGUCUGAGGGAAAGAGCAGGGACUUGCAAGUCAGGAGAACCAGGGAUGAGCUCUGGUUGUACCAGGAACUUGUGUCAUUUGUAAGUCAAUUCCCUCCUGUACCUCAGUUUCAUUAUCUGGCAAAUGAGCAUAAUAAUGACACCUGACCUAUCUACCUAAGAGGCAGUUGUAGUUGUUUCCCUUCCUUCUUGAAAGGACCAUAACAUCAGAGAGGUAAUUUAAGUGAGGGAGGUUGUGCAAGGUCACCUGCCUCACUUUCGCCUCCAAAGUCAUCUGGGUCCAGUGGCAAGACAUAGAUCAGGCUGACUGGAGAUGGUCCUUGAUGCAAUGGGAGAUCUUGACCUUUUUAAGCUAAGGUCUUCAGCAGGUCUCAGUUUGACUGAGGCAGGCUGCACCUUUUCAGGGAUUAAGAUGAGGCAAAAAAUUUCCUCUUUCACCUAGUCAAAAAAAAAAAAAUCUACAUAAAUAAAUCUGGGAAGGAAAGGCCAAAACAGAAACGAUUGUUAUUUGCAUUCAAUCUGAGUCCAGAUUGUGCGGUCCAGAAGAAAGCACUAUUUAUUUAGAAUCAAAGGAUUUAGGUCCAAAGUUCCAGCUUGACCUAAUCCCAGCAAAACCAUCCUGAGAUUUGGACAUGGAAAUUAACAACUUCUCAGGGCCUCAGUUUACUCAUCAUUCAUUUCUGUAAAAUGAAGAGUUGUAUUACAUGAUUUCUAAUCAUCUAGCCUUCCAGUUCCAUAUAUAUAUAACCCGUCCCUCAAAUCUCCUAUAAGAAUGUUCUAAUGAUGGAAAAGCACUUUAUAAAGGAAUGAUAAUUCCAAGCUAAGCAGUUAAGAUAUUGUAAGCACAUUCCAUCAUAAAAAUGCUCCAAUACUAUUUUCAGUAUCUGGCUCCUAAUCACUUUCUACCAGAACUGUUUUACCUAAAGCUGGGUUUUCAUGGACUCAAAGACAUUAGGUGGGUCUACCUAUAUGUAGGCAAGAUCAGGACUAACUUAGGAGUAAGUUUCCAUUUGGUCCAUUAUCUAAAUGCUGUUCUUAGAAAGCAGCUGGUAACCAAAAUUAAGGGCACAGAAUUUUAUAACCCCUCUCACUCUGCUAUUGACUUGAGCAAAUUUGAGCCGAUCUGUGCCUUUAUUAUUUCAUCUGUAAAGUUGGGGUUAACAAAGAAGAUAUAUUUUUGUAACUGCAUUGACAUCAAUUUGUGUCUACCUUUUCACAUAUGUGUUCCAUCUCCCUAACUGGAUUGCAAAUUUAUUGAGGGCUGGGACCCUUUCAUAAUUUCUUUGUAUCAUUCAUAUAACACCUCACCCAGUACCUUAUGAUACUAGAUAUUCAAUAAAUGUCUGCUGGUAAGGGAAA